UAGAAAAAAAAAAUUCUAUAGGUCCGUACAACCCAUCGUAUUUAGCCUGAAGUCCGUCCAGCCCGAACGCAUCAAUUGCAUUUGCAUCCUAGUACACAAUAAGACUUGGCUGAUUUUCUUCUAAUUUCCGGUGUUGAACUCUCGCAUCUUCCUAAGGAAGACGGUUCAAAGCAUCCAAAGAUCAAAUCAUGGAAGAUAUAAUUGCGGCACUUCUUUGUAUGCUUCUUCUUGUAGCCCUAAUUCCCCUUUAUCUGUGGAAACGGCGUCAGGUUUCUCGAUCCCCCGAUGAACAUGAACAUGAAGAAGCAGCUCAGGUUAGGCAGAGGGACACAGUCGUACGGGCCACUGGUGCUCGUCGGAUGCGAAGAAGACCAGCUUCUGGUGCCAGCACAUCUUCAGCCCCAGUAGUAGAAGAAGUUGUUGAUGGAAGUGAUGACGAAGCUGCUGGAGAUGAGUAUUAUAAUGCUAAAGCAUCAAAGAAGAGAGAAAAGAAACGGCAAGAGCGUGAAGCUCAACGACAGGCUGAAGAAGCAGGACGUGAAUCAAGGCAAACAAAACAAGACCGCUAUUCAGAAAUGCGGCAGAGAAAGGAUGAGGAGCGUGAAGCACAAGAGCGUAAGCUGGAAGAAGAAAUCAAAGCCCAAAAGGCCAAGGAGGAGGAAGUAGCUGCGUUAGAGUUUGAAAAAUGGAAAGGUGCAUUUUCAGUUGAUGCUGAAGGUACCACAGAAAAUGAAGUUCAAGAUGGCAGUCAGGGCAUGCUUUUUGAUUUUGUGGAAUACAUUAAGAAACACAAAUGUGUCCCCUUGGAAGAUCUUGCUGCAGAGUUCAAGUUACGCACUCAGGACUGCAUCAAUCGGAUAACCUCGCUAGAAGAUAUGGGGCGGCUGUCUGGUGUCAUGGAUGAUAGAGGGAAAUACAUAUACAUCUCACAGGAAGAAAUGAAAGCUGUUGCUGACUAUAUAAAACGUCAGGGGAGAGUUAGCAUCUCACACCUAGCUAGUCAGUCCAAUCAGUUCAUAGAUUUGGAGCCAAAAGCCCAGUUUGUCGAGGAAAUCAGCAACACUGAGGAUAUUACUGUUGCUUGACUCAAUGUAGAGAAAUCCCAGUAAAUUAGUUUUUAGUCAGGUGAAAAGUUUUUAACUCUUCAACUUUUUGUAGUUUUUGCUUCGUUGGAUUGAAGAAAGUGUUCCCAAGGCCGCCUGCAUCACUCAUCUUUUGAGCUUGUUCAGCUGAGCCGUGUUUGGUUCACAUGGAUAAAAAUGUCAUGGAAAAGGUUGUACACAGUAGUCAUUGUACUUGGAUUGCCAACUUAGUAGAUGCUGAAUUACUUGGGUAUAGAGGCAGGCAUCAACCUCACUGUUAUAUGAGCUUUCAUCCAAUUGAAUAAGUUUUAUAGUCUUA